CGGCAGUCCUCGGGUUGGAGGGUUAGUUCAAGACUUCCAGGAGUGUUGCACACAGGGUGACAGCGUGGAACUUUACACUGAGGGACACUCAGGCUGUACUUCUCAGGACGGCACCGGAUAAUUUCUCGCCUGAUAACUGGAAUAAUGAAGUCUCCAAAAUUGAAACCUCAAGCGAAGUUCGUCAAUGAGCAGGAUCUGAGCGACGUGUUGUGCGAGUUCGACGCGGUAAUCGAAGACUUUACGUCGCCGGUAGAGAAACGACGCUUCAGGUACGACGAACACCUGAAGACUAUGAAGAGGAGGAGCAGCGCCAGCGUCAGCGACAGCGGCAUCAGCGACACAGAGAGUGCAGAGUCACUUAACAGAAACAGCUUCAGCUUCAGUGAUGAGAGGCUGAACUCCCCCACUGUGCUCUCCCCUACCAUCAGCUCGCCUCCUCUCACGUCACCGAAACCCAAACUUGGUGACACUAAAGAACUGGAGGACUUCAUCGCCGACCUUGACAAGACAUUGAAGAGCAUGUGACAAGAAGGCUCAAAAUCAUCUUGGAGUGAAGCCAUGAGGGAGGGAGGGAGUGGAUGUCUGGACCCCCUCUGAGCAGCUAACAAAAACCAAGAACCAAAAACCACCCAACAGGAUAUAGCACAGAAACGUCCAAGUGGCUCCAUCAUGGCAUCAGGUCCAGCCAGCACUCUCCUAAAUUAACCCAGCACUGCCCCGCCAAUUCUUGGCCACCUGGCUAUUGGUCUGUAAGGACUGUGAGAAGGCUCAAAAUGAGCCUAGUAUGUGGACAAUACUUCAGCAGCCAUGAGGUAAUGGACCUCAUGAAGACAUGGAAUAUAUGCUGCAAAAACAAAUCACACACACCAGGUUACACUCCCUCAUCCAAAACUCGAGCAGGAAGAGUAUUUAAAAAAAUAGCUUUUUAUAAUAGAAAUAUAUUUGUAAUUUUAUAGAGCUCCUUAUUGUCUUUUUGUGAAAUAUAUUUUUGUAUCUUAUGUAAAUAAUUGUUUCAAAUUAUAUUUGUCUUGGUAUUAACAGAACAGUUUUGACACUUGUUGACUGGAAUGAAGUUGGUUACAUGUUAAAUGGGAACUGAAAACUCAAAUCAAUCUGAAAAAAACUGGAAAUCAAUAUGUGUAUUUAAUAUUAUCUGCCAAUGUUAAUAUUAAAGUAUGGAAUAUUUUUCUUUUAUUAA